AUGACUCUAACCUGCAUAAGAUUGAUUAUCUUUCACAUGUUAGUGUCUUCCUUUCUUAUCUUCAACAAUGCUCUGGCCAGUGAUCCAGAUAUCAUAUACGACUAUGUUUCACCACAGAACUCUAGUGUCAAUGGAAGCUUUUUCACUUACACUGGAUUGAGAGGAGUUCUUCAUCAAAUUCCUCAGUCUUUCAAGGCGACAAAAGCUACCAUGGUUGAAUUUCCUGCUCUUAAUGGACAAAGUAUAUCAUAUGCACUAUUUCAGUACCCUGCUGGUAGCAUCAACCCUCCUCAUAUCCACCCGCGUGCAGCCGAGCUUCUGUUUCUUGUAAGUGGUUCUCUGCAAGUAGGUUUUGUUGACUCUGCACGCACACUUUACACACAAACCCUUCAACCCGGUGAUAUGUUCAUAUUUCCUAAAGGGUUGAUACAUUAUCAGUAUAACCCACAAUCAGUUUCAGCCACUGCUAUAUCAGCCUUUGGAAGUGCAAAUGCAGGAACAGUUUCAAUACCCCAUUCCAUUUUCAGUACAGGAAUUGAUGAUGUAAUCCUUGCCAAGGCUUUCAAGACUGAUACUUAUACAGUGAAGAAGAUAAGAUCUGGCCUAAACAAACCUUAG